GCAGAAGGAAGAAGUGAAAAAAAAAAAUAGAAGAGGGGAAAUAUGCAUUUGAGCGAGAAUGAGGGAAUUGAAGGGAAUACCUUCGUUGUGACAGGAGGGCUUGGCUUCGUUGGCUCCGCUCUCUGCUUAGAGCUUGUAAGAAGGGGAGCUCGAGAGGUUCGAUCUCUCGAUAAACGUUCAACUUCUCCAUGGUCCGACCAUCUUAAGAAGGUCGGUGUUCGGUGCAUCCAAGGUGAUGUGAGCAAGAAGAAAGAUGUUGAUAAGGCAUUACGUGGUGCAAAUUGUGUUUUUCACCUCGCAUCAUAUGGCAUGUCUGGGAAGGAAAUGCUCCAAGUUGGGCGUGUUGAUGAAGUGAAUAUAAAUGGAACAUGCCGUGUAUUGGAAGCAUGCUCUGAGUUUGGGAUCAAGAGACUGGUUUACGUGAGCACAUACAACGUGGUGUAUGGGGGCAGAGAGAUGGUGAAUGGCAAUGAGGCCUUGCCUUACCUUCCUACCGAUGACCAUGUUGAUCCAUACGGCCGAAGUAAAUCUGUUGCUGAGCAAUUGGUUCUGAAGAGCAAUGGUCGCCCUUCCAAGAAAAAAAAUGGCACUCGUCUUUAUACUUGUGCAAUUCGUCCUGCUGCCAUAUAUGGGCCUGGUGAAGAGAGGCACAUCCCUAGGAUAAUUUCUCUUGCUAAAUUAGGUCUAUUGAAAUUCAAAAUAGGUGAAGCAAGUGUAAAGACAGAUUGGGUUUAUGUGGACAAUCUUGUUCUUGCUCUAAUAUUGGCUAGCAUGGGACUCUUGGAUGACAUUCCUGGGAAAGAAGGACAUCCUAUUGCUUCUGGCCAGCCGUACUUUAUAUCUGAUGGGGCUCCUGUAAACACAUUUGAAUUUAUUGGCCAGCUAUUGAAAAGCUUGGAGUAUGACAUGCCAAAGAUUACAUUAGAUGUAAAGCAUGCACUUCUCCUGGGGAAUAUCUUUUCAGCUGUCUAUACCCUCUGUUAUCCAUGGUUAAAUCGAUCAUGGCUUCCACAGCCCUUGAUCCUUCCAGCUGAAGUACACAAGGUUGGUGUCACCCAUUACUACUCCUACUUGAAAGCAAAGGAGGAGCUUGGAUACGUGCCUGUGACAAGUCCCAGAGAAGGCAUGUCUGCAACCAUCUCCUACUGGCAGGACAGGAAAAGAAAAUCUCUGGAUAGCCCUCCCAUAUAUAUCUGGCUCUUUUGUGUGAUUGGAAUGACAGCAUUGUUUGCUGCUGCUUACAUACCUGAUCUGGGCCCUUUUGAGUUCAUAAGAUCUAUCAACCUUUUCUUCUUCCGGUCAAUGCGAGGAUUACAGGUAUUUUUCCUUUUAUGCGCAAUGGCACAUGUGUUGGAACCUAUAUACGCAUAUCGUCUAGCAAAGAGGGUGGACCCUGCAAAUGCAAAAGGAUGGUUUUGGCAAACUUUUGCUCUUGGGUUUUUUUCACUGCGUUUACUGCUGAAGAGAGCCAAAAAUUUGAAUGUAUAGGAUUUGUCUUUUGCUUAUACUGUAUGUACGGCUAAACUGUUAAAGCAAGUAAUUGGUUACUAACAAUGCUUUACAUAUUUGGAAUCAUGUAUUUUAAUCACAUACAAAUCAAGAACAGUAGCAGUCUAUCCUCCU